AUGCGUAUUCCUGUAGACCCGAGCACCAGCCGCCGCUUCACACCUCCCUCCACGGCCUUCCCCUGCGGCGGCGGCGGCGGCGGCGGCAAGAUGGGCGAGAACAGCGGCGCGCUGAGCGCGCAGGCGGCCGUGGGGCCCGGCGGGCGCGCCCGGCCGGAGGUGCGCUCGAUGGUGGACGUGCUGGCGGACCACGCGGGAGAGCUCGUGCGCACCGACAGCCCCAACUUCCUCUGCUCCGUGCUGCCCUCGCACUGGCGCUGCAACAAGACGCUGCCUGUCGCCUUCAAGGUGGUGGCACUGGGGGAUGUGCCAGAUGGAACGGUGGUGACCGUGAUGGCAGGCAACGAUGAGAACUACUCUGCUGAACUUCGCAAUGCCUCUGCCGUCAUGAAGAACCAGGUGGCCAGGUUCAACGACCUUCGUUUCGUGGGCCGCAGUGGGCGAGGGAAGAGCUUCACACUGACCAUCACUGUGUUCACCAACCCCACCCAAGUGGCCACCUACCACCGAGCCAUCAAGGUGACCGUGGACGGACCCCGGGAGCCCAGACACCCCGGGAACCGGCGGCUGAUGGACUCCCCAUGCUCUGCAGGGCACCGGCAGAAGCUAGAGGACCAGACCAAGGCGUUCCCCGACCGCUUCGGGGACCUGGAGCGGGUCCGCAUGCGAGUGACACCAAGCACGCCCAGCCCCCGAGGCUCCCUCAGCACCACGAGCCACUUCAGCCAGGCCCAGACCCCAAUCCAAGGCACCUUGGACCUGAACCCGUUCUCCGACCCCCGCCAGUUUGACCGCUCCUUCCCAGCACUGCCGCCGGCGCUCACGGAGAGCCGCUUCCCCGACCCCAGGAUGCACUACCCGGGGGCCAUGUCGGCGGCCUUCCCCUACAGCGCCACGCCCUCGGGCACAAGCAUCAGCAGCCUCAGCGUGGCGGGCAUGCCGGCCACCAGCCGCUUCCACCACACCUACCUCCCGCCGCCCUACCCCGGGGCCACGCAGAACCAGAGCGGGCCCUUCCAGGCCAACCCGUCCCCCUACCACCUCUACUACGGCGCGUCCUCGGGCUCCUACCAGUUCUCCAUGGUGGCCGGCGGCAGCAGCAGCGGCGGCGGCGACCGCUCGCCCACCCGCAUGCUGGCCUCCUGCUCCAGCAACGCCGCCUCCGUCGCCGCCGGCAACCUCAUGAACCCCAGCCUGGGCGGCCAGAGCGACGGCGUGGAGGCCGACGGCAGCCACAGCAACUCGCCCACGGCCUUGAGCACGCCGGGCCGCAUGGACGAGGCCGUGUGGCGGCCCUACUGACCGCCCGGACUCCUCCCGCUGGAGGCGGGGACCCCACAGCCUUCCCAUGAGCGACUGGCCCAGCUCCCAGGCAGGAGUGGACCUGUGCUCCAGGUGGCCACGCUCUCAAGGUCCAGAGCUGAGCAGGCUCCGCGUGCGUCUGUCCGGCCACAUCUUUGUACAGAAGGGCAGGGACCUCCCCCGGGACACUGCCCCAGCCCAGAUCCCAGUCAUCUCAGUCCACACCCCUGUGGGAACUCCCGCCACCUCCCUGGAUCGGCCUCGCUGUCUCCAGCCAUGCCCUGUGCUGUCACGGGCCAGGUCUCCUGGGACGGGGGCGUCUCUGUUCCAGAGAGGGGCAGCGUUUGCCCCCAGGAGGAGCCACAGGGCCCUCCCCCCUGGGAGCCCCUCGCCCUGUGGACCCAGCCCUCCCCCUGCAUUUACACAGUCGAGUCAGAACUGGAAACCCGCCCUGCGUCGGGGUCCCCUCACUGUAUGGAUGGGGCAGGACCCGGCUGGCAGACGUGGGAGGAGAAAGAACCCAAGCCAGUGCCCGCGCCCGACCCCAGCCCCGCUUCCCCACACUUCUCAGCACCUGGCGAUGUCCCAGCUCCAGGGUCCCAGGCCUCAGAGCAGAGUGACCAGUCUACGGCAGCAGGUCCCCAACACCUGCAGUCCGGCCCUCCAUGCACUUUCCCAGCCCACGGCAUUGGCCCUCCGUGCUCGUGGUGGGGCCAGGGGGUCCCCUUUUCCUUAGGCUCGUCUCAUAAUUUCCAUUUUUGGAGAGAACGCGGUGGCCAGACAGGUCCUAACAGAAGGUGAGAGGUCGCUGGGUCAGAUGUCAGUGUCCCCAUCCGCUGAGGUCCAGCCAGGCUGUGCCCCUUCCCCAGAGCCCCAGGGAAGAUCCAGGCGAAUCUGCCAGCUCCUGACACUCAGCUAUCUUGAUUUUGUGCACCAAAACUAACAGUCUUGAACAAAACCAGUUUUUAAAACUGAUUUUAGGGGGAAAAAAGCUUCAGUGAAACAUUUCCAAACACAAGGUCUCUGACAGGCGAAGCCCUGCGGUUGGGAGCACCCUGCCCCAGCUGCCUUCUGAGGGUGUGGGAUUGUCAGGGUCUGGCACCUCCCCAAGAGGUCACAUGCUCCAGAGGUGACAUCCACCAGCCCCCACAGCAGGUGACCCUGGAGGAGCCCAAGGGACAUGCUGGUGAGACCCAAACUCUCACCUGUGGCUCUUGGACACUUGUCCUGCGGAUAAAGCGCAGGGCUUGCCUAAGGGCUCGGGCCCCCUCGAUCCCCGUGUCAGUUCCCGUUUAGUUCACUGGAGAAGGACCAGACAGGACAACCUCCUGUAAGGUUAGGCAGCAUGUGGUUUUUGGUAAUUGUUCCUGCCACAUCCUCCGUGGAUGUGGAAGUCUCCCUUACAGACAACGCUCCUCAGUGGCUGCCUCUGUCGGAGCCCUGCCGUGCCGCCCACUGCGACAGCAGCCGGGUCCACAUGCCGGAUGCACACUGGCAGGUUUAGGAAGUCCUUCUGGUGAUCCCCCUCAAAUCCCUGCUGCUGUAGUUUCUCUUGUCCUGCCCGCACUGGAAAAGCAGUCUCCAUCUCUUCCAAACAGCUGCUGGCCGUGUCCUGCUGACUCCCGACACGCAGGGCCUCCCCUCCCCGUCUCAGGAAGCAGCUAUGGAGCCAUUGACCUUGUGCCUGCUUCACCCCUCUCUGUGGUUGCAGACUGGCCCCAGGCCAGCGUGGAGGCACCUUCGGGUUCCCAGUGCCCAGCACUUUGUGGCCCCAGCCCAGAUUACUCUCCCUUCCUGAUCCCCAAGCCCUGGUCGGGGCAGGGACGGGAAAUAAAUUGACCCCUGCUCCUCCUACCCCACUCCCCGUCCCCUGACCAAAAGAGAUGGCAGCCACGUGGUGUCUGUUUUUAAGGCCCAUAGUGGGUACAGACGCCCUGGGCUGGAAAAAGUGGGUCCUUCCUUACACAGCUGCUCUGAAGUUGUCCUAGACACGCGCACUGAUGGGGGCGCACGGAAGGGAGGGGCUCUGAUCCGGCUACUGGAGGCCUGCCGGUGGUGGGCGCAGACCCUCUGUGGCUGUUGUCAUGCUGAGGAGGGACCACCUGCCACACUCAUACCUUCCAGAAAGCCGUCCCCGAGCUGGGAAGAGGGUGGGGAGGGGCGGAGACCGCUUUGCACUAUCAUUUGCUUGGUGUGUUUGUUUUUAAUGCACAACUUGCUUGUACAGUAAACUAACUGUCUUCUGUACUAUUUAACUGUAAAA